AUGCCUGCAACGUCGACCCUCGACGCCGACGACAAGUCCAAGGUCAAAGCUGCAGUCCCCAUAUCGUCCAACAAAAUCAUCUUUGCCGCCCUCUCGCGCAUCUACUACGCCUAUCCACAACCUGACAAAUGGUCGUAUGCAGGCCUGCAGGGCGGACUCGUCUUUGCAAGGGACACACAUAAGAACAUCUUGUAUUUCCGGCUGGUAGACUUGGAUGGGACCAGGGGCGUGAUUUGGGAACAUGAGCUUUAUGAGGGGCUGGAAUAUAGCCAAGAUCGGGGCUUCUUUCAUUCCUUUGCGGGCGAUAAAUGUAUGAUUGGGUUCGUUUUUGCGGAGGAACAUGAGGCAAAGAUAUUUUACAAAAAAGUCAUGAUGAAGAAGGAUGCUAAGGCGAAAAAAAACACAAGCAAGCCCAAGAAACUGUCAAUCUCAAAAGGCGGCAGGGUUGAUAAAUCCAUGAUAUCAGGCCCACAAGCUGGGUCAUUCAAACACAUAGCGCACAUGGGGUAUGACGCAGAAGCAGGGUUCACAUCCAAGGGCGUCGACCCCUCCUGGACCACGUUCCUUGGCAACCUCGAGAAUUCUGGUGUAGACAAAGCGAUUAUCGAAGAAAACAUGGAAUUCAUAAAGAACUUUACCGCACGGAAUCACCACCCGCCAGAAAACCACCACCUGCCAGAGAGCCUCCUCCCAGAAAACCACCAGCUGCCAGAGAGCCUCCUCCAGCUACAGCCCCGAUACAGCCACCACCACCACCACGCCGCCCAGCGCCCCCACAAACACAAGCCAACAACACGCCACCACCUCCCCCUGCCAGGCCUUCAGGCGGACUCACCAACGGGCCCCCUCCGCCCCCUGCACGUCCCGCCCUACCAUCCCCUACAAAACCAGCAGUACCUCCCCCAGCACGUCCAGCCGUACCGCCCCCCGCACGCCCAGCCGUCCCUGCACGUGGUCCUCCCCCGCCUGCGCGUCCGCCCUCCCAUCUUCCACCUCGCAGUGCGACUCCUUCCUCUGAGUCACCUACUACUUCAGAUGGUCCACCACCACCGCCGCCGCCUCCUCCUCCGCCGCCUCCGAUGGGAGGUGCCUGGUCGAGGGGAUUUGUUAGCGUCUAUUAAAGGCGCGGGGAUACAUCAGCUUAAGAAGGCUGAUCCUAAUGCUAAUGCUAAUGCUGGCCCUCCUUCUGCUGGUGGUGGUGGGAGAGCGGUACCAAGUAGGAUUGCACCGCUUGAGCCGCAGGAUACGGGGACUACUACGGCUACGGGGACUACGGGGAGUGGUAGUGGGGGAGGGGAUUUGACGAGUGCGCUUGCUGCUGCGCUUUUGGAGAGGAAUAAGAGGUUGGGGGAUAGUGAUGAUGAUGAGGAUGAUGAUGAUGAGGAUUGGGAUUAG